UUACAGCUGCUGUUAUUGGUUCAAAUUGUAACAUUUAUCAAGAGUUUAUUUUCACAUCGAGGGGUGGGGCCCCUUAAAAAAACUUGUAAGCGCUUAAACAUCUACACAUUCACACACUGACGUCAGAUGUUGCUAUGUGAAGUGUCCAUCAUUAACUCAUCCAUUCAUACACCACCGACGAAGCAGCAGGAGCAACUUGGAGUUUAGUCAGGAGCUGGGGAUCGAAGCCUCGACCUCCCAAUUGAGAGAGGCCGACUCUACCCACUAAGCCGCUGCCCCGUUGAGUCUCCUGCCUCAUGUGAUCUUUGAGUGUUACGUGCUGCAGAACAGGAACCUGCUUUAAGUCAGGCCCGUUUAAACUUUUUAUCUUUUCCUUUUUAACACAUUUAAAUGCUUUACUUGCAUCCAGAAAACAUUAACUUUUUUCAAUAAAUAAUUAGCAUGUCUGGACGCUUCUACAUCUGUAAUUCAUUGCUUUUGGGAAUUUAAUUGGAGUAAUAUGUUUUACACAGUAGUUUUCUCUUCCUUUAUCAGAGGUGGGGAAAGUGUCCUGAAUGGUAUAAACACAGUUCCAUGUCUCGCCGCUAGAGGGCGCCAGAUGAACACAUAAUGUGAUUAUUAACGUGCAGCGUUUUGCAUUCUUUUUACUCCUAAUUAUCGAUUAAUUAGCACGAAUGUCCUGAUUUUAUCCCGAGUGAUAAAUGUGUGACAUCUUUAAUAAAGACGUUUUUUUAAAUAGGUCACGUGUGGGGGUUAAAGGGUGCUGCAGAAUUAAACUACUUACGCAAUAAGUGACAGUUUUAUAUAUUUUUGUUUACAAUCAAUAAAUGUGUCACACUAUGAGACGAUGUCAUUGUGAUGAAGUCAUUCUGUUCAGUUUCGUAGUAAGAGAAAAGUGUCAUCGUGAUUAAAACGCGUCAGAACACAAAUACUGUCACGUAAAUCCACGCAGCGUCACGGAAACGGGAAUAAAAUCAAAGCAGUGGUAAAAGUUAUGAACUUAUCCCCGGUUGCUCUCCGGUGUUUUUACUCGAAACUCUUCUCCUCGCCCUCCCCGCUGACGUUACGCACGCAGAGCCGUGGCGUGCCUGCAAGCCAAAUAACAUGGAGUCCUCUGUCUGGCAUCUUCCAGGGAUCCAUGCAAAAAACCUGAGCAGCGGUUAGGAGAGCAACUUUGUCCCCGGGAGCUGCGGGAGCCUCCGGAGGGCGUCGUGUCGGGGGCGUAAGAAGCUUCAGCUCCUUCCACAAACUAUGACGAAGGGCGCUUAAAACAGCCUGCUGCCACUGCGACCCGCAAAACCAAAACCAGGCCGAUCUCUAAGAAGAGGAGACAGCACAAUGUAGGCCCGGCUGGUCAUCAGUGGGACUCCAUACUGAUCUCUGGGGGGGGACCAUGGAGCCAGGAGGGCGACCCCACACCCCAGGGACCAGCUAUGGGCUCCCAGCCUCGGACUCAGCACAAGACCCUGACACCUUUCUCAGCUGCACUUUACAAUCCUCACGCUCUCCAGACGUGAGCGAUGGCCCAACGUCCGCCAAGCGUUCAUGGGCCCCGUCUGGAGACGAGGGCCCCGAGCAGACCGAGAGCUUAGACCCAGGGAGGAGCGCACAGAGGAGAUUCAGGUCCUCAGCCUUUCCCUCCUCCCUCAGCUGGGACUCUGACUCUGAGAAGGAAACACUUGAUGAGGAGGAGCUACAGCACUUUUCUAACCCUCAUGGUCUAGCUGCUCACAGCCCUGGAUCUCCUUCUUCUGGACUCAGACUUGAUAGUGAAGAGGACCAAGAAUCUGAUAAAUGGCCGCUCUUGCACAGCGAGGCCGACUCCCCCGCUCCCGUGGAGGGGCACAAUAACACCAAGAACAACAACAACAACGACGACGAGAGCACAAAGACAGACGAGCCAAAUACAUCUCAGCGCUGCCAAACAGAAUUGUCAGACGGCAAAGUCUGGAAUGUAUCAGAGGGAGCCGAGCUGUUUGUGUCCAAAGUGAAACCAAAGGAAGGAUGCCAAACAGACGAAGAGGAGGCAGACAAUGGAGAGGACGAGAGAAGGCCCAAGGGAGCAGGAAGCAAGGAGCCUGAGAGGGAUGUGUACAGCUUCCCCGGAGACUCAGACCCCGAGAGUCCCCCUCCUGCACCCUGGGCUCAUUGCACAUUCAUCCAGCGGUGCAGGAAGAAGAGGGUGCUGCUCAGGCCUUUCUCCGGACUCGGCACCUUGAGACGCACUUCACCUGCGAGCGGCGGGCGGGCGAGAGCGAGCCCUCAGAAACUGAAGCCUGCUGAUUCGGCUCAGCAGGACGGAGCCGGAGGGGUUUACGAUUUUGAGGAUUUUGAAACGGUGGAGAAACCGAUUAAAUUCAGAGACCGAGAAGAAGAAGAAGAAGAAGAAAGCGGGGGAGUGCAGAGUACAGAAAUCUUCACCUGUGUUGAAUGUAGCAUUUACUUCAAAAAGCAGAAGCACCUGCAGGAGCACAUGGUGGAGCACUGUCAGAGCGAGGAGGGCGGGGGGAGGGGCGAGGGUCAAAAUGGCCGUUUCCAGUGCGUGGAGUGUGGAUGGAGUCUGUUGAACCACCUCGAGCUGGCAGACCACCACAGGCGGCACCAAGAGUCCCGUCUGAAGAUCCUGGAGGAGAUCGAGAAGCUGAAUGAAAACGCCGCUGGAGAGAUGCAGAACUUCAUGAAGCGUUUGAGUUCAGACUCAGAUGUGACGCAAGAUGCAGGAGCGGCCUUGAUUCCAGGCGAAAUGUCAGACCCAAAAAUAGUCACAUCUCCACCUCUUUCCCCACUUUCUGCAUCUGAAGCCGCUCUCCUCUCUGACACAACUCCUCCAAAUUCAGCUCGAGCUCCGGCGCAGGCCCGUCGCCGCUUCGUCUGCGCCACGUGUGACUUCAGCACGAGAACCCCGCAGGCGCUCGCUAACCACACCAAAACUCACAACAGAAAAAAAGCUGUUCCCAAGACCGCCCCCCUUUCCCCCGCUUCAUCGUCAUGCACUCUGUCCUGUGGUCUCUGUUCCUUUCAGGCCUUGACUCAAACUCUGAUGAGGGAACACCACAAACUGGUUCAUCAGGAACACAUCAGGGCGCCGCAGGCGGGAGAAACCGGGCGACGCUCGAGGUCUAAAGUCGGCGCUCGGGUUUUAAAACACAGCUUGGACUCGGACCGUCUCUCAGAAGUCAGCGACUCUGAGGACUGCACGAUCACAGACAUCACUGAGCCGCCGCCUGCGAGUCAGGUGGCCUUCAGAUGUGUGAGGAACAGGAGGUUCAGCCGGAGGGGGGAGACCUGGACCAGUCUGGUCAAGUUUCAUCCAAGAGGCUCUGAUGAGGAGGAUGAUGAUGAGUUUCCAGGGAGUGAAAGAGAAGAAGAAGAAGAAGAGGAGGAGCAGCAGGACGGAGAUCAGAGCAAAGAGAUCGAUGCAGAAGAAGAGAACUCACCUGUGGAGGAGAAACCGCACAACAGAGCACGAUCCAACACAGAUGAAAGUCCAGCAGAGCAGAGCGCUCCACUCUCGCUCCCUCCUGAGCGCAGUGUGAAGGACGAGGACGAGCUGGAAGUGAAGAAAGACGGAAAGGUUUUCUUUCUGAGGAGGAGAAACCGCGCUCCUCAUGCCGCCGCUCCCGUAGAGAUCGACAGCGACGACGACGAGUACGACAUUGAUGAGGACAACGUGCGGCGUUUCCUGUCAGAGGCCGUCUUGGAUGAAGACAACGAGGAGACGGACGAGGACGCCGAGGCGAUGAAGAGCGUGGAGAGGAAGUGCCCCUACUGCCCCGAUCGAUUUCACAACGGCAUCGGGCUCGCCAAUCACGUCAGGGGACACCUGAACAGGGUGGGCGUCAGCUACAACGUGCGUCACUUCAUUUCCCCCGAGGAGGUCAACGCCAUCGAGAAGAAGUUCUCCUAUCAGAAGAAGAAGAAGAAAGUAGCUAACUUUGACCCGGACACGUUCAGCGUCAUGCACUGCGAGUUCUGCAGCGCCGGCUUCGACACCCGGGCCGGCCUGUCCAGCCACGCCCGAGCCCACCUCCGCGACUUCGGCAUCACCAACUGGGACGUCACCAUCUCGCCAAUCCACAUCCUGCGGGAGCUGUUCUCCAGCAGGCCCGACCUCGUCCUCCCCACCGCCCCCCCGAAGGAGGAGUUUGAGGACGAGGAUGAGGACGAGGAUGAGGUCGAGGAUGAGGUCGAGUACGAGGAUGAGGACGAGGAGAAGGAGACGCAGGAGGAAGGGGAGGGAAUCGUCGAGGUAAAACUGGAGGGGGAGACGAGUGAAAGGACGCUGAGUGCCGCCGACCCCGAUGCUCUUUCUUCAACAUUGCCUCAACGCUGCAAGGAGGAGGACGCCGACGGAGAAAGUGAAGAUGAGGAGGAGGGAACAGCAGAUGAAGAGGAUGAGGAGCAGGACGGUCUGAGCCCGGGGAAAACAGCGCCGUGCAGCGCGGACUCAGACAGCCCGUCUCCUGGGGACGAUGCAAACACCAAGGUCCACAACUUGAAGUGUGAGGUGUGCGGAGCUCGGUUCGAGACCAAGCGGGGACUGUCCAUCCACGCCCGCUACCACCUGCGCCGGCUGGGCAUCGGUGUUGCAGAGCACAGCGGAGCCGCCCUCACCCUCCUCCACCAGAUCGCCAAAGAGCGAAACAUCAGCCCGCUCCUCGUGGCAUCCCGAUCAACCGCCAAGAACUCCUCCCCGAGCGUUCCUCACAAAGAUGAGCCGCUAGACGACAUGGACGUGGACGAGAAACUCCUCCCCCUCUCCUUCCUGGCCAAAGCGGCGAAAUCGGUGCCCCCUUCUUCCUCGUCCACGCCUACGCCUCCUCCGGGCGCCUCUCCGGCCCCGCCCCACUCUGGAUCCCCUCCCUCGGUGGUGAGGAAAGCCCCCAUUUCCUCUCUGCUGCCCGUGUCUUCCCCUUUACGCUCGCCGGAGCACAAGGCCGGGGGAAUGAAAAGUUUGACCUCAAGCCUCUCGUCCUCCAUCACAGCAACAAAGCCCCUGUGGGCCCCCCAGGAGGAUGACGCUCCGCUCAACCUCACUCUGGAGGUCGACCCAACAAAGGACAUCGUGUGUCAGCUGUGCGGCGCCUGGUUCGAGACCCGCAAAGGUCUAUCCAGCCACGCCCGAGCCCACCUGCGGCACUUCGGGGUGGAGUACUCGGAAUCCAAGGGCUCCCCCAUCGACCUCCUGCACCAGCUCAUGGACAGCGACGACUUCAAGCACAAAGCCGGGACGCUGCAGCUCGACGACCACGCCGAGCCGCACGCCCUGGCCUCUGGCCCGAAGCACUCCUCCCUGCUGAACCUCUCCUCCUCCUCCUCCUCUUCAUCCCUCCUGUAUAAGGUGACCACGGCGAGGGGCGGGUCCACAUCCAAAGCUACCUCUUCCUCUGCCUCGUCCUUACACGGCCCGCCUGCUAAGCGUCUCAAAUCUUCCUCCAUGAGGGUCUUCCGCCUGAGCAGCGGGGAGCUCAUGGCCCUGCCACACAGUGAACCUCCAAAGGAAAUUGGCUGCGAGUUCUGCGGUGAAUACUUCGAGAACCGUAAAGGCCUCUCCAGCCACGCCCGCUCCCACCUCCGUCAGAUGGGCAUCACCGAGUGGUCGGUGAACGGCUCGCCCAUCGACACCCUGAGGGACAUCAUCACCAGACGGGGCCUGCCUUGCGCUCUUCCUCUAAAACCACAUCUAAAGACUCCUCCACCAUCCUCCCCCGGGGGGCCUCCUCCUCGCUCCCCUCUGUCAGCCUCCCCCUCCUCGGCCUCCCUCCUUGGUCGUCUCCCCUUCGCCUUUGCCCGCCCCUCCAGUCCUCCUCCCUCUGUUUCUAAAUCCAGCUCGGCGUCCCCGGCCUCGUCCGGCGGGCUGAUCCUGAAGCUGAAGCCGGAGCCGGUGCAGCUGGAGGUGACGGCGCCCGAAGCUGUGGGGAGAUCUGCAGGUCUCCUCUCCGGUGAAGCUCUGGGCUGGAGCGGCUCUGACAGCGUGUUCCCCCUCAACCUGGCCAUGUCCAACGACGUGGAGCCCACGCGGGACAUCCGCUGCGAGUUCUGCGGAGAAUACUUUGAGAACCGUAAAGGCCUCUCCAGCCACGCCCGCUCCCACCUCCGUCAGAUGGGCAUCACUGAGUGGUCGGUGAACGGCUCGCCCAUCGACACCCUGAGGGAGGUCAUGCACAAGCGAGGGGCCGGCCCCUCCCCCCUCUCAGACCACCGGGUGAAGAAGGAGGCGAGCCAUGGGGCGAGCAGUCCUCUGUGGGAGAGCGCGGCGAG